AUGCCCCUCUACCUCAUCACGCUCUGCCACCCCUACCUCCUCACCACCUCCCAGCGCCGCUCUCUCGCCCAAUCCAUAACGCGCAUACACUCCACCCUCUUCAGCGCGCCCUCCCUCUUCGUGAACGUCCGCUUCAUGAACGCGGAUGCAGCUUCCAGCAGCGAGGCGACAGCCUUCGUCGGCGGCAAAGAGUCCCCCACAAAUUCCAUCGCCGCCCACGUGCGGCACGGCCCUAGCCGGCCCCGAUCCAAAUACGACGAGCUCUGCGCGCAGAUACACUCGGCAUGGGACGAGAUUGUCGUCGACGUGCAGGGCAAGGCGGCGUCAGAGGAACACAAACUGCAUACGAUCUUCGUCAUGGGGGAUAUUGUUGCGGCGUGGGAGCAGGGGUUCAACAUCCCCGAGGCGGGCGGGGAUGCGGCCUGGAUAAAGGAGAAUAUGAGGGAGUUUGAACGGAGGGCGGGGCAGGGGGAUGGGGCUAUGAGGGAUCUAGUGGAGGAAGUGAGGGCGAGGGGUGGGGAGUGGGGGAUUGAAUGA